AUGGAUGAUCAUCUUUUGUCUGAAUUUUUCGAAGAACACGAUCACUGCUACGGUGGCGGCGAUGCUAGCAGCUUGGCUCCCGGUGAUGAUCUUUUUAGCAUAUUGGAUAGCUUAGAUGCAGGGUCACUCAUGGAUAGUUUUCCUCCGCCAACACCGUGCGAUGAACUCGUGUUUAGCUCAUCAAAAGAAGGAGGGAUAGAAGUGUCACCGGAGCUCGAAACUUCACCAAAAUCAUGCAAGAGAGUGAAGCUUUCAAAAGAGGCUUCCCCAGGCGGGACAGGUUCUAAUUCUGACGAUGGACAGCAAAGGAUGUCGCAUAUAACGGUGGAGCGCAACCGGAGGAAGCAAAUGAACGAGCACUUGACAGUCUUGCGCUCUCUCAUGCCUUGUUUCUAUGUCAAAAGAGGGGAUCAAGCAUCAAUUAUUGGAGGGGUGGUUGACUACAUCAAUGAAUUGCAGCAAGUUCUUCAAUCACUAGAGGCCAAGAAGCAACGAAAGGCAUACAGUGAAGUGUUAAGCCCUAGGCUACCAGUUUCAAGUAGUCCCAGAUUACCUUCAUCACCACUAGUACUUAGCCCUAGAAAACCCCCAAUAAGUCCUUUGGCAAGUCCCAGAAUCAGCUGCAGCAGCUUGCCUAUUAGUCCAAGAACCCCACAGCCAACCAGCCCUUACAAGCCUCCCAGGACGACGUCGUUACAACAGUUGCAACAACCAGUUUACCUCUCUAGUCCAACCAUAACUGCAGCUAGCUCAUCACUUGAACCAUCUCCUUCAAAUUCGUCGACUACUAAUUUUUCCUCCGUUAAUCAUGUUAUUGACAAUCUCAAUGAGCUUUUUGCCAAUUCUAAGUCCGCCAUUGCCCAUGUGGAAGUGAAGUUUUCAGGUGCAAAUGUUCUUUUAAACACGGUGUCUCCUCGGAUACCAGGACAAGCUCUCAAAAUCAUUUCGGCUCUCGAAGAUCUUUCCCUCGAGAUUCUCCACGUCGAAAUAAAGACGGAAGACGAAAAGAUGCUUAAUUCCUUCACCAUCAAGAUUGGAAUUGAAUGCCAACUUAGUGCUGAGGAACUCGCUCACCAAAUUCAGCAAACAUUCCGCUAA